GAAAAAUGGGAGUAAACAAUGCCCCAAAGACUAGACGGUAACGAAACGAACACUUGAGUCUUACCACUCAGACAGCAAGAGAAGCAAAAAUUUACUAGCAAAGCGAGACUACUAUCUUCUAUCUAAUCACCGGUGACAAUUACGGUGCCUCCCGUUUCCGUUGCCGAAAUCCCAGAAAUCUUUCAGCUCUUCAUCCCGAAACGUAUCGGUAAAAGAGAUCAGAAGGAGAGAAAAAUGGCGUUUAGAGGAAGAGAAAUGAUUAAAAACAUUAUGAAAAAGGUGGGAGAGAAGAACUUGGCUCCGGGAGUGAAGGACUCUCUGAAAAGAUGUGUGCCCGACUCUAAAAUCGUAAUGGGUCGGGCCAAACGAGGCAUCUUCGCCGGUCGCCACAUUCGCUUCGGCAAUAGCGUCAGUGAAGACGGAGGAAACAAGACAAGGAGGACAUGGAAGCCAAAUAUCCAGGAUAAGAGACUUUUUAGUUACAUCCUAGACCGUCAUAUUCGAGUCAAAGUGACAACCCACGCCCUUCGUUGCAUAGACAAGGCUGGUGGGAUCGAUGAGUACCUGCUGAAAACACCUUACCGCAAGAUGGACACAGAAACAGGUCUCUUCUGGAAAACCAAAAUUGAGAAGCUCUAUGGAGAACUUGGGAACACUGAGGUUCUCUUCUUUUCACCCGAGGAUGAAGCCAAGUUCGAACAGCAAUUCAAUGAAAUGAAGAUAGCUGAGAGGGCAGCUCGUAGUGAAGCUAGGAGAAGGGCGUCUGGCUGGCCAGAUAAACUGAAGCUGAUUGAAGGAAGAGCAGAAGGGGGCUCACAUGAUGUUGGAGAUCAUGCAGAACAUGAGAAUGAAAAAGUUGCUAAUUUCUAAGUCUUGAUGUUGCUUAGAAUUCAUAUCAGGUGAUAUUUGUUUUUGUUUUCUCUAAAAUUUAAUCAUAAUUUUGUUGUGCAGUUGAGAUAAGAAGUCAAUAUAUUUAGAAAUAACAAGGAUAUUGACGAACUAUUUUUGUUAUCAAUAGAAUGUAUUGAAAAUGUCUACAAUUUUGUUCAAGAAAGCUGAAACAAGUUGGGUGUAGCACAAUAUAUAACUUUUUUUGUUUAUGAUUGAAGUUCUUAAUUAAUAGUA